AUGGAGCCUGGUUGUGCCCUGGGAGCUGUGGCCGUGAUGGUGGCACUGGUGAUGCUGGGAGCCCACCCAGCUUCUGGUGAGAUGACCACAGGGUUUUUCCAGGAGAUGGCUGAGCACGAGUGCCAGUUCUUCAACGGCACGGAGCGGGUGAGGUACAUCAACAGGCUCAUUUACAACGGGCAGCAGUACCUGCACUUUGACAGCGACCUGGGGCACUGUGUGGCUGACCUGCCCAUGGGGAAGGCUACUGCUGAGCACUGGAACAGCCAACCGGACAUACUGGAGUACUUGCAGGGUUCAGUCGAAAAGUGUCUGCACAACUACGAUGCACACAAGCCUUUUACCGUGGAUAGGAGAGUUCAGCCCAAGGUGACAGUGACCCUGGUGCAGUCGAGCUCCCUGCCUGAGAGCAAGAGACUGGCUUGCUACGUGACAGGGUUCUACCCACCAGAGGUGGAGGUGAAGUGGUUCAAGAACGGUCAGGAGGAGACAGACCAGGUGGUGUCCACUGAUGUGAUGCAGAAUGGAGACUGGACUUACCAGGUGCUGGUGAUGCUGGAAAGCACCCCAGAGCGUGGGGACACCUACGUGUGCCAGGUGGAGCACAUCAGCCUGCAGCACCCCAUCAGCCAGCACUGGGAGCUGCAGGGGGGUGCAGGACGCAGCAAGAUGCUGACAGGGGUGGGAGGCUGUGUGCUGGGCUUGGUCUUCCUGGCGCUGGGGCUCUUCAUCUACGUGCGCAAGAAGGGUGCCCUGUUCCCCCGGCUGCAGGUAACCUCCAUCUACCCCACCCUGCUCCACCCCCACUGCCUGCAUGGACUGGUGCCCGCCUGCUCCCAGUUCCAGUGUGUCCCUGUGGAGCGUGGCCCCUGA